AUAUGGCGAAAAAACAAAGAAUGAAGAGGCGAAAAGACUGCUAAAACAAGAAGAGAGGAAAAAAGAGUCAAGUUUAAUGGUUGCCAAAUUUAUAGUUGGUAUUAAUGAAAUUGAUGAUAUUGGCGAUUUGGAUAAAAAGAACGAUGAAUUAAGA